AUGAAUUCAAAUGAAGAUUAUUCUGAUAAUGAUUCAUUAGAUACUAUAAUCUCUGGUGAUAAUAACAAUGAUGAUGGGAAUGAAUUGGAAGAAUGCAAUUCAUAUAAUAAUUUUAUGAGAAGUGAUGACGAGAAUGAAUUGGAAAAAUGCAAUUCAUAUAAUAAUUCUAUGGGAAGUGAUGAUGAGAAUGAAUUGGAAGAAGUGUACAAUUCAUAUUAUAAUUUUACAAGAACUCUAAGUGUUGAAACUAUUAAAUUCUAUUUAGAAUUUCAAGAGUAUCCUUGUUCAUUGGAAAAUGGAUUUUCCAGUAUUUACAAUGUGUCUUGCUUUAAUCCAGAUGAAGCAAAAAAAAAUUUUGGCAUGAGAAACAUACAAUAUUCAGUUGGUAACCCUGGUGGAAUUUCGACUGUAUUUUGUCCUUUUUUAGGUGUAAGAUGCAAAGUUGAACAAAGAACAUGUCAGGGUGUCAAAGUCUGUAAACUUGCUUCACCUGAAAUAAUUAAUUAUCAACAUUCUAAUGUUAUCUUUGAAGAUAGGAUUUUUGAAAACAUAUUUCAAAAUAAUGAAUUAACAUCACAGGAAAUUACUUUAUGUCAAUAUGUUGCUGCAUUCAUAAAUUUGUUUUUCAUGGUGAUAAUAAUGAAGAAAUUCAGUGUGAUGGUAGAUGGAAUUACUAUAAAAAAGUAUUUUAUUGGAUGUCAAAAAUGGAAAAGAAAUGAAGUUCAUAGAUACAUUCCUAUCUCAGAUUCACGUAUAGAUAUAAAUUAUCUUUAUCAAUUAUUUGAAAAUUUUUCUUUUUGUUCUUUAGAUGAAUAUAAUCAGAACCCUACAAUAAACACAAUUUCUGUAGGAAAUCGUAGUUCAAUUUUCAUUUAUCUAGCAAUAGAUCAUCAUGUGCCUUUGGAUCUAAAAAAAUGUCCUAUUAUUGUUAUUAUAUCCAAAGGGGUGCAUGAGCAUCCACCACCUCCUCCAAUUAAAACACCAACUAACAUUGUGGCUCAGUUGCAACAAAUUUUGAAUGGUGAUGACGUUUUGGAUUUAACUGCUAGAAUACUUUUAACAUGUUCAGUUGUAAGAGCAUAUCCUAACAAUGUGAAUCUUAACGAUAUUCAUCCUUCCUUAAAUAAUUCAUCAAAAUUAAAUUACUAUAUUUGUAAACAAAAACGAGCUCAAUAUCCUUAUGGAUCUGACCUAUUUCUUUAA